AUGACCAGGUCAUCACACUCCACCCUCGGUAGCAUGGGCAACCCCAUCCAACUGUGGAACAAGUCCGAGCUGGAGGCCUUGUGUAAUCACAUUGAAAAGGUCCUGGAGAACUUCCAGCCUCCUCCCGCCAAAGUAGCCCCCAUCUUGGGGAAACACCUUGAAGGCAAAGGAGCUAUCACCUUCCAAGCCCUCCCCGCUCAUGAGCAAGGGGAUCUCACCCAUGUAAAAGCCUUCAAAAUCACCCCUGACAGAAAGGACGGAACUGUUCUGAUCAGAUGGACCACUCCAUGUGAGAGCUGGGGAUCUUCAAUGAAAGAGGUAGUUGUAGAGUACUGCAAAGGGCAGCACGAGAAGGUCAGCAGCUGCGAAACAACUAGUGUCAGAGGAUUGAUUGCUACGUCAGCCAGCGACUGCCUCAACGACGUCAUUCUGUCUGGGCUGUCACCGGCCACCAAAUAUACUGUCUGGAUUUUCUUGGGUUCAUCCCAAGAGCUUUCUUCCCAGAGGUCACGUCGUCGCGUCUUUACAACGCAGAUGACAAAGGAGAUGAGACGUCUGGAGACAUGGACAAUCAUUUUCGUGUCUAUUGGCUGUCUGACAUUUGUAGCUGCAAUUGUUGCUCUCGGGAGAGCAGUAGCUUGGAAAGCCAUGGAAAUUAUUAAGGACUGGGAAACUCAACCACAAUUACCUGCGGCCAUAGCUGAUUGUGUUGGAAAGUACCAGGGAGAUCUGGGCAGAAUGAACAAUGAUUUAUUUAGCAUUCUUGCCAGUGGAAGUGAUUUUGGAAAAGAACAGAGGGCAAGUGAGAUGAUCACCGAUGAAGACCAAACGAGGAAUUUGGCGCCUGCCAAGUCUGGUGGGAAAAGCUUUGAAACCUCGACUCCAGUCUCUGACGAAAUUCUAACAGUGAUCCAAGAAGGACGACGCAGUCAUAAUCGUCAGUGGUCAAGUCUAGAUAACCUUUCACCAGGUCGUUGUUACCAAAUCCAGGCCAGCUAUCAUCAGGCGGAGAUGAGUAAAUCAAGUUUGGAAUGUGUUAUGCCAUGUCUAAUGGGAAACAGAGCUCGACCUUGCAUUUGCCAUCACCAAUUUAUCGGGGAAAGUACUUGCUUGUUAAUGUCAGACCAUCUUGAAAAGUACGAAUACGUUAAUCCAUUUGAAGUACGAGCAAUGAAAACAAACUAUAACAUGAAAUCAAACUGUCGAGGUUUGAAUAUUUCUUUAAAAAAUGACUGUUUUGGCAGCACCAGUCGUCCUUCAGCUAUCCAACGCAACCUUCACAACAAGGAAGAUGUUGUUUUAGUAUCCAGCGAAACUUCAAAACAAGCGGCUGCCGUCUCUCAUUUCUCUCACGGUUAUCUAACUUUAAGGGAGCUGAGCACUUUCCAGCCAAUGAGGAAGUUAGAGCAAGAGAUUUCGGAGGAUGACGCGAAGAGAUAUCCGGUGAAAGAACCUGACGCGACGGAAGAAGACUUCAUCCCCAAAGGAUACUGCAGACUGGAUUCCUUUUUUCCUAUCAUAUCUUAAAUUACGAUUGUCCACUAAUCUCUAGCUACCCUCGCACACAGAGCUACAAAGCCUCUCUCUCUCUCUCCCUCUCUCUCUCUCUCUCACUUUUUUUUUCUCUCUAUGAAAUAUUUGGAAGGCUUUAAAGCAUGUGUUGAGGGGAGUGUUCGUGUCAUGUCCUUAUUAACAAAAUAUCAGAGAGAGAGAGACAGAGAGAGAGAGACAGAGAGAGAGAGAGAGAGAGAGAGAGAGAAUAAAACAAUUUUUGAUUUGGAAACUACAUUACGACUGCUGGAGAAAAUUUCUCUUAUAAAAAUUCGUUAUUUCUCGUGAGAGGAAUAUGGCAGCGUCCAUUCAGUGAACAGCAAGAUAACCAUUGAAGACAAUAUCCACCUCUGAACUGUGUGCUUGAUUCAGUUUUCCCUUCCCGUUGUAUAUUUCUUGGAUUAUGGUUUCACAAAAUUACUUCUGCCAUAACAGCACUCACUGGCACGAAAAUCUAGAAGCCAUUAUCCGAAUCAUAACAGUAUAAAUCAUUUAUAUGUUUUCUCAAAAACUGCACUCUUGGAGCAAGCUUCAUUAUUUUUUCUUUUGGUACAAAGUGGUGCAUGAGGGCUCAAAUAAUCGUGGUGUCAAAUGUUAACCCCCGCCAUUUCUUGCAACGAGCUGUGUCAUUUCCCAGCAUCUCCUUCUCCAAGCACACGGUGCUCUCACAUUGGUUACACUCUCAACCCAAAUAAAGGCAGAAAAAAGGAAAUCCUUUUCUCCAAAAUGACUUCCUUGUACAAGAGUUAAACCUAUAUACCAUAUUUAAUAUUAAUAUUGCCACAUUUCUUAAUUUUGUUACAUCAAAUGAAGUAGCUUAUGAAUGUACCAAGAUAUAUACAGUAUUAUACUACCAGUAAAAGUUCAUCAUUAACACUGUACACACAAGUUGUCUACUUUAAUAUUCCUGUGAAUAUUAUCAGGUUGUACUACUCCUCCAUUUUGCAGUAGCCCAUUAAUUGUAUUUCUUGCAUGGUUCCAGAUGAAUUUUGAAUGUAUUACAAGAAUGACUACUACUACUACUAUUACUAAUAUGAUGAUGAUAAUGAUGAACUGUGGGGGUCGAAAUUAUUUAGAAUAUAGAAGAUGUUAAAGAUUCGAUAACUGAAGAUGUACUGUUAAGAAUUUAGAAAAAAAUUCAAUGCAUUUUGGAAACUUUCCCUGUCCAAAGAGAAUGUACUGUAAACGGCUCCCUAGGCUUUGGAAGGUGGGGAUGAACAGGGUAUGACCGAAGCAUCUCUCGAAUAGCAUCCGUCAGACACAGAAGUCCACAUUAUGGCCAUUAUUCCGCUAAUGUACUGUAUUACAAUUGCUUUGAUUCUGUGAUGAAAAAAUACGGUCCUCUUUUCUGAGACAACGUGGUGCCAAAGUCCUAUACGUAUACCUGAUGUGGGUCAUUACCAGCCUUUUAAUUUCUUAUGGUUAUUGAUAGCUCCUCCUUGUAAUUGCAUGGCAUGAGAAUCUUCUUGCCUUAUUCAUUGUCAUCAUCUCAGUAUAUAAUGCAUGAGCUAUGUAGCAUUUUGAGGUCACCAUACAUUAUUUGAAAGUUAAUGACUUGCAGUUUUAAAAAAAAUAUGGAGGAAAUAUUUCUGAGCAUUUUUAGUGCAAGAUUCAAGAUGGCGUUCAAGAAGGAAGCCAAAUGUUGAAUCAUCUUUAUUGAUGAUUUUAAAUAAGUUGAAUAUACAGGUAUGUUAAUCUCAAACAUAUUUUUCAUUACUCAGAAGAGAAGUCUGAAUGUAAACGAGAUGCAAAGAUUUUAUACCACAAGUUGGUAAAGUUGGAAUAUGCUAUUUUGAUUGUUGUUUGGGGAGAAGUGCUGAAGCAUUUUGUAGUGUAUGUAUGCCUUAAUGUCUUAAAAGAAGCAGUUUCCUGUAAUAUGCUGUAUCUGCAACUCUUGGGAACGUUCUGUGUAUUGCCACCAAUUUUGUUGUUGUAGUCACUGUAUAGCAUAGAAGCGGGUGACUUGACUUGAAGGAAUAGAGAUGUGCCCAGGAACUUAGCCAACCUCCAUAACCUUACCAUGUCAAGGCAUAAAUUGCGCAAUGGCAACAAGGGCUGCUCACCAGGAUAUAGUAUGUACCUGGCACAAUCUGAAAACAGUUCUCAAAUAAGAAAACUAUAGGUGCAAGCUUAAAUUUAUGUAGAUGGAUCAAUUGAUCCAAUAAUGAUAGCUAUGCCUUCAGUUCCUCCAGAACUACAGAUAAAGAUCAGAUGUAGCUGUAAAGUAAACGUAUGUUUCAUGAAGCUGUUUUAAAAGUAUACCUUGUACAGUUCACUGUAAAUGUCAUGAGGAAUGCAAUAAUUGUGCAAACACUAAAGGCUAGGUAGAUAAUGAUGAUGAUGAGGAGGAGGAGAAUUCUGACAAUGUGUCACUGGCCUCCGGUAAUGUUUACAGCAACAUAUUCUCUGUUAUUAUUUUUUGUGUAUGGAUAAUGCUUCUGUACUACAUUAUGAAUGAUUACAGGUGUUAAUGAUCAGCAUCUAUGAUCAAGGAAAACUAUUUUAUUGCAAAUGUAUCAAUAUUCUUUAAACAGUCUAAUUAUAUUGUGUUAUUGUUUUUUUGUACACACACACACACACACAC